AUGGCCAACCCCCGUGUCGAGGAACUCCCCGAGGAGGAGACCAAGAAGACCCAAGUCGAGGAGCUCGAUGACUCCAGCGACGACUCCGAUGUUGAGGCCGGCGAUGCCAGCCUCCCCGCCGGCUCGACCACCAUGGUCCACUCGCGCAACGAGAAGAAGGCUCGCAAGGCCAUCGAGAAGCUGCACCUCACCCGCGUCCCCGGUAUCACCCGUGUGACUCUCCGCCGCCCCAAGAACAUUCUCUUCGUGAUCAACAACCCCGAGGUUUACAAGUCCCCCAACAGCAACACCUACAUUGUGUUCGGUGAGGCCAAGAUUGAAGACCUCAACGCCAGCGCUCAGGCCGCCGCUGCCCAGCAGCUCGCCAGCCAGUCCGCUGAGCACGACCACGCCGGCCACGACCACUCCCACGAGGGCCACUCCCACGCCGCCAAGGAGGAGGAGGAGGAUGACGGCGAGGAGGUCGACGCCGAGGGCAUUGAGGACAAGGACAUCGAGCUUGUCAUGACCCAGGCCAACGUCUCCAGAAAGAAGGCCAUCAAGGCACUGAAAGAGAACGACAACGACAUAGUCAACUCGAUCAUGGCAUUGAGUGUCUAG